AUGACUGGACAGAGUUAUAUUGUAGAAAACAGUAUUAUCAAGGAGAUCCGUCCCUUGCGCCGCAAGCACUGGACAACAUGGAUUAGCAUAUGGCCGUUCGUGGUACUUUACGUGGGAAGCAUUGCCCUCUACCUUAACCCGGAACUUAUCUGGGAUCGAGUUACGUACCUUGUUCACCAGACGUACAUCGACUUCCUCCACGCCACAUUUUUCCCGCUUAGUCUCUUUCUUCACGUGUUUCUUUCGAUGUUCACGAUCUGGUCCGUUAAGUUUCGCUCGAUUAUAUUAUAUAACUCUGUGCCUUUGGAGAGGCUAGAGGAUGCCACGGACCUGCUGGUGAUCACGCACCUCCAUAAGGGUGAAUCUGAAGUCGUACCGCUGCAGCAAGAGACUAGCGAGGGCUAUCAGCCGUGUUUUGUGUUCCAACAACGGAAGUGGAAGCUUGACGAUAAGAGGGGUCUAUUCGUGAAGCCUAACUUUCCUACUAAGCAUCCCUUUUCACAUUACAUCCACUGGAAAGGUAUUUCCACCGAGGCGAACCUCGCAAAGCAGUUGGACACGUACGGCAUGAACAAGAUGGAAGUGGUGAUACCUGAGUUCCAAGACCUAUUUGUUGAUCAUAUGCUCUCUCCUUUCUUUGUUUUUCAGAUGUUCUGCGUGCUGCUUUGGUGCCUUGACGAGUACUGGUAUUAUUCCAUUUUCACAGGUGUCAUGAUGGUGGGCAUGGAGUGCACGACGGUAUACCAGAGAAUCCGUAAUAUGCGUAUGCUGCGUGAUAUGGCGGAGGUUCCCGUACGCGACGCCAGGGUCAUUCGAAACGGCAAGGAGAUGGAUAUCAAGACAGAUGCCUUGUUACCUAUGGAUAUCCUUGUGGUUCCUAGCAAUCAGCCAUGCCCGGUGGAUGCGAUCCUAAUCAAAGGCACCUGUGUGGUCAAUGAGGCUACGUUGACCGGCGAGUCCACGCCACAGCUCAAGGAAGCUAUAGACGACAUCGAUCUCCCUCUCAACAUCAAGAAGCACACACGGCAUAUGAUAUUUUCCGGCACGCAAAUUCUCCUGAGCAGCGGACCAAAACGGGAGCCCAAUGAGAACCGCGAUUCCCACGCAAAGGCUCCAGGCAACGCCCUUGCAGUAGUUCUCAAGACAGGGUUUGAAACUAAGCAGGGAAAGCUUCUGCGCACCAUCCUGCAUAGCCAAGGCCGUGUGAGUGAGAACAGUGGUGAGGCCUUCGCCUUUAUCGGUGUCCUAGUUGUGUUCGCAUUAGCAGCCAGCGGCUACCUGCUCAAGCACGGCUUGGCAGACCCGCGCCGCAACCGGUGGAAGCUCUUCCUGUCGAGCAUACAGAUCGUCACGUCGGUGGUCCCACCGGAACUUCCGAUGGAGCUCUCGCUCACGGUCAACACUUCCUUGCUUGCACUUUCGAAGCUCUCUAUCUUCUGCACGGAGCCGUUUCGCAUUCCUUACGCUGGUAUGGUUGACACAUGCUGCUUUGAUAAGACUGGCACACUGACAACGGAUGAGAUGCUGUUCGGUGGUGUUGACAUGGUUGAUGGCAGGGGGUUGUUGAGCCAGCUUAAGAUGAUCUCCAAAACUUCUGAUAUGGUACUGGCGACCUGUCACUCGUUGGUAUACCUGGACGAGAAUACGCUUGCUGGAGACGAGAUGGAAAAGGCCGCUGUAAGUGUCCUCGGUUACCGCAUCGAUGACGAUAACAACAUCUUGUACGAUCCAGCAUCAGUAAAGGGGAAACUGGAGGAAAGUUCGAGUGCAAAAGGUCACGUGACUUCCAACAAGUCAUCUAAAACUUCCAACCAAGAGGAGCGAAAACCGCCUUUGGAGAAGCGAUUCAAGAUCCUCGCACGAUUUCCCUUCGUGGCAUCGCUUCGACGCAUGUCCUGCAUUGCACGGGCAAGUGAUGGCACCUAUGUGGUCACGAAGGGGUCGCCGGAGACCAUCGCCUCCCUCUGCCACAGUGUUCCGUCGGAUCUCUUAAAAGUUGCCGAGCAGACCGCCUCAAAAGGGUAUCGUGUAAUUGCGCUGGGCUACCGCCGCCUGACCGACGAAGAGAUCCGUUUCAAAGAUGGUGUUGCCGCCCUCAAGCGUGAUGAUGUGGAAAAGGGACUGAGCUUCGCUGGGCUCGCGGUUUAUGUAUGCCCACUAAAGAAGGAUGCCUGUGAGACGAUUAAAAAUCUCGUGGGCGGUUCGCAUCGCUGUGUCAUUAUCACGGGUGAUAGCGUCCAGACUGCGAUAUCUGUUGGCCGAGAUGUAUCGAUGCUUCUGUGUAAGAGACAGCUAAUCGUAAAGGUGUGCGACGAUGGCGUGGUGAAUUGGGUCGACGCCGUUACUGGUGCUAUCGAGAAAGGUGACACAGAGAGCAUCAUUGCCAACACCUUUGUGUACUCCCGUAAGAAGCUUAAACCGCAAGAGAAGGAGUGGGACCUAUGCGUCAAUGCGGAAAACAUGCCGUCCGAGGUGUUUGAGAAUAUUGUGAAGAAUUUUAGUGAGUACGUCGCGGUCUGGGCUCGCUGCGCCCCUUCUCAAAAGGAGGAGAUUAUUACGGAUCUGAAGCUGAAGAAUCAUGUUGUUAUGAUGGCCGGCGACGGCACUAAUGAUGUUGGCGCACUCAAACAAGCCCACGCUGGCAUCGCUGUCCUAAACUCAUCUUCUGUGCAGGCGAAAGCUGCAGAGGGGGAUGUGCAGAUGGGUCCACAAUCACACAACGAGCCCGAUCUGCCUGCCGAUAUGCUGGUACCACCAAACUUCCAGUUCACGGUGGUGCCCCCGCAGCCGCCUGCAGGCUCUUCCUUCGGUGAGAUAAUGUCCUUCAAGAUGGCUGAAGCGAAACGGAAGACGGAAAUCAUGCAGAUCAAGAAGUGGAAUGAGAAGCUGAAGGCGGCCGAAAAAGCCAAAGUGGAUGCCAAGGCCGCUGCGCCGCCACCACCAUUAAGCGUUGCCAUGGACGGUUCUGGGCUCCUAAUGGAGUCCAUGUUCAACUCUGAGGAUGACGCUUUCGGCGGUGCGCCGAUGAUCAAGCUCGGCGACGCGUCCAUCGCGGCCCCUUUCACCUGUCGCUCAAAGGCGCUCACGUCCGUCUGCGACAUCAUCCGGCUGGGCCGAAGUACACUCGUGACAACUCACAUGAUGUACAAGAUCUUGGCCCUUAGCUGCCUCAAUUCGGCGUAUUCGAUGUCGGUACUCCACCUCGAUGGGGUAAAGAUGGGCGAGAAGCAGAUGAUCCUGUCUGGGGUGAUAUUGUCGGUAUGCUUUAUGUUCAUGUCGCGCAGCAAGCCACUCACGCGUCUUUGCCCGCAGCGCCCGGUGACGCGCGUUUUUCAUCCCUACAUGGUCUGCACUGUUUUCCUCCAGUUUGCACUUCAUCUCUAUUGCAUGAUAACGACGUCAAAUAUGGUCGCCGAGGUCGACGCAGCAACCAUACUCGAAAUGAAGAAGAUCGGCGAGGGGGACUCUUUCAAGCCUACAUUACUGAAUUCAACAAUGUUUCUCAUGACAACACUCAUGUCUGGGACUAUUUUUGCCGUAAACUACCGCGGGGAGCCUUUUAUGCAGAGCAUUUAUAAGAACCGUCCCAUGUUCUUUGCCCUUGUGAUUCUUGCUCUCGUCAUUUUAACCUUUGCCACUGAGUCGGAUCCAGAAGUGAACAAAUUAUUUGAGAUCGUGGUCUUUCCAUCACAGGAGUUUCGCACUCGCUUUUUGAAGUUGCUCGCAUUGGAUGCAUUUGGGAGCUACGUCAUUGAGAAGUCCUGUUUAUUGCUAUUUACGGACCAUUAA